CGCGGCAGACCGUCUGUACGGCGUACGCGUGUUCGCAGUCACUGCGCCUUCGUCGCGGUCGUAAUAUAAUAUAAUAUCGUUUGAAAAAAUUAUCAAUAAUUGUGUCGUAAUUAUGAUUUUCGGUUAAACAUUAUACGUCGUGUUCGAUACGAAAUUCAUAGUUAUUAUGACUUGAGACGCGAAUGUAGAGUGCCUAUUCGCGUAUUCUGUAUAUAAUAUGCCUUUGUUCAACCGGAAACCCGUGCAAAAGAACAAGGACGAUCAGGCCGCCGUGCAGAACAAGCACAAUGAACACGACGAUCAAGUGAAACAAAACUUGGUGUUCCACUGCCAACAGGCCCAUGGAAGUCCCACGGGACUGGUGUCGAACUUCUCAAACGUCCGUGAACUGUACCAGAGGGUGGCCGACUGUUAUGACUUUCCUUCGGACGAAAUUCUGUUUUGCACUUUAAAUACUCACAAAAUGGACAUGACAAAACUUCUGGGUAGUCAAAUUGGCCUGGAUGAUUUUAUUUUUGUACAUCGUAAAGGACGACCAAAAGAAAUCGAAAUUGCUAAGACAAACGAGGCACUUGGUCUGACAAUCACAGAUAAUGGAUCAGGAUAUUGUUUUAUAAAACGUAUUAAAGAAAAUAGUAUCAUUGAUAAAAUUUCCUACAUAAGUGUAGGUGAUCAUAUUGAAAAAAUAGACAAUGAAACAAUGGUAGGCAGAAGACACUACGAAGUGGCCAAGAUGUUAAAAGACAUUCCAAAAGGAACUGUAUUCACGUUGCGAUUAAUAGAGCCAAUUAAAGCGGGAUUUUCGAAUAUCGAACCGAGGAGUUCCAAACGAGGGAAGAGUGCUUCGUAUGGAAAUGGGAAAGAAACGUUAAGGUUCAAAGCCAACGGUGCGGCUCAAAUUCAAAAAGAGACUGACGAGUCCAAAAAGGGUAUUGAUAAAAUCAAUCAACUGCUGGAAAACUUGUUGGGAAUCAGCGAUUUCGAACUUGCCACACAAAUUUGGGAGAAAGGAGAAGAUAAGCUGAACAGUAUGGACUUUGCGGAGGCUAUCGAUAACUCUGAUUUAGAUGAAUUAGGAUUUACAGACGAUUUCAUCAUAGAACUAUGGGGAGUCAUAACAGAUGCUAGGGCAGGACGUUUGAAAAAUUAACUAGAAAUAAUAUAAUAUUUAAUCGCCUUCUAACAUGUUUUAAAUUUAUUUUGUAUAUUUAUACUGAUUAUAUAUUCAAAUAAAAAUGUAUUUAUAAAUGAUUUCAAACA